AUGACACUUCUAAAGAAACGAAUUUCCUUUAUUGGAAGUGUUGCAUUGUUGGUAUCUUCGAUGACCGGUCCUGGUCUAGUUACAAUUCCAAUUUUGUUUCAAAGUGCAGGAUGGCUAACAUCAAUACUAACAUUGAUAACGGUAACAUUAUUGAGCGGUGCAGCAUCAUUACUCCUAUGUGAGACACUAAGUUCGGUAGUAGGCAACGAACAAUUCCAACGCCAAAUCGAAUUCUCCUCUCUCGCAACAAUUCUAAUUUCAGACCCCAAAAAACGCAUCUUUAUCCAAAUCACACUCUUCAUCUCAAUUCAAUCGGUAAACAUCGCCUCAAUAUUAAUUUCCGCGCAGUCGAUGGACACGUUGCUUGUUUCUCUGGCGGGACGGUCUUGUGGGAUCGGAAUUCAUCCGCGUCGUGGACCUUUUUGUGUGUAUGAACCGAGUCAUUGGAAUAGCCCAUUCGGCGAUGAUUAUAUGGUGGUUACAGCCGGGUAUUUGAUUACAUUGGCUAUGGUUCUUCCUUUGGGUCUUAUGGAUUUAGUCGACAACAUUAAAUUUCAGAUCCGAAGUGAUCAAAGCCGAAUUAUCGGGACCGUGCUUUUUAAUUAUGCCUUUGUUACGACAAUUCCAAGUUGGGUUAACGAUAUGGGUUCAACCGUCUCAAUAAGAAAAUCUGUAUGGUACUCUGCAACAAUAUCAACAAUUGCAUAUAUCCUACUAGGAAUUCUAGGAGGGAUGGCCUACAAAAUGGACGCCACCUCAAAUAUCAUUGCGGUGAUAAACGCAUCAAAGGAGCGCAGUAUUGUUAGUGUGGUGACCACGUAUCUCUUUCCGUUGGCGGUGUUGAUUGCGAGUAUUCCGGUCUAUACUAUUGUUGUGCGGUAUAAUUUACAAAGGACUGGGCAGUGUGGGAAAGUUACGACAAUUAUUCUCUCGACUAUCCUUCCGUGGACAAUAGUGAUCCCGUUUCAGACAGGGUACUGGCUAAACACAUUCACAAAUUGGACCAGUAUAAUUUUUACAAGCACUAGCAAUUUUAUACUGCCCUUCUAUUUCUACUAUUUGAACGAAAAGCGACGUAGAAAUACAAAGGUGGCGAAUGAAGUCGACGACGCUUUUAGUAUAAAGACAACAGGAAGAAGCACAAAUGAUGGUGGUGUUUGUGCGUCAUCGAUAAUUCGAUCUCCAAAAUCAGCGAAAUCACUUUCGCCCCCGGUAACACGACGCACUCCUUUAUCCAGAUCUCCAUCAAUUAAUAGUGUGCGAUCAAUAACCAAUGAAGAUAAGUAUCUCGAAUCUUCUCAGACAACAACGACAUCAACAAUAAUUCGAGCAGUAGACACCGAACAAAAUAACAUUAACGAGAAAAGUGAAACUAGAUCUUAUAAUAAUUUGUCACUUGCUCCACCAGUAUUAGAAUCCACUAAUCAUCGUAGAAGUCUUUCGGCUCCAUACUCGCUAAUGACAUCAUCUACUACCGCAAUUUCUAACAGUGUGGAAGUGAAGCAACCAUAUCGACCGAAAUUACAUCUUGAAAUUCCACCGAUAUUAACACGUCGAACUUCGUCCAGUUGUCGUCAAUCACUACAAAUUGAGCAGCCACCCUCGCCACCGUUUUCACCUUCUGUCGUUCCAAUUAUUACUGUUAAGAAUGACGAUGGGAUCGCUGUCAUCGUCGACUUGAGCAGCAGUCACAACUCUAGCAAUAUCGAAAUUAGUAACAAUGAUGAUAAUAAUGGUAUGAUAGUAAUGAAUACUGUAGAUAAAAAUCAACUUGACUCUUUUUUGAAGAAGUUUGAUGACGAACAACAGCAGCAUCGGCAACACAAGUCAUUCAAAGCUUUUCCGAUUUCGACACGGAACAGUGUGAUUUGUGCUAAAAUUGGCGGUGCAUUUUCGGUUUUUUUGGUUGGAGGGAUUAUUUUUUAUGAUUUCUUGCAGUUAGCGAUGGGAAAUAAUGUGUGGCAUUAG